AUUUCGCUUUCAGAAGUCUAGGGAGUUCCGUUACCUUACCAGUCUUUCACAAUGACUUCCGAGUACGAAUCGAAAGAAAUCAAACUCACCGUCGAUGCUGCUGGUGACAGCGCGGCCGGUGACCUGAGCGAGAAGUCCUUCUGGUACAAGAGCCGAAAAUGGAUCCGCAGCAUCGGUGCAGAAGAGCUGGGUAUCGAGCGUAUCCCAGAGGAAAUUCGAACGAACCAAAACCCUCGAGAUCUCUUCACCGUUUUCUUCAGCGCCAACUGCAAUACUGCGACACUGGCACUGGGCUUUCUCGGACCUACCCUGUUCGGCCUCGGAUGGUGGGACUCCUUUUGCUGCCUCCUCUUCUUCAACCUAUUCGGCGCUAUAUUCCCAGCGCUAGUCGCACGCUUUGGCCCCAAACUAGGGUUGAGAACCAUGAUUAUCCCCCGAUACAGCUUCGGCUGGUGGCCAGCAAAAAUCCUCGCGAUUCUCAACUGCAUCAAUCAGAUUGGUUGGGCCAUGGUCAACGCCAUCAGCGGAGCCUCAGUGUUGUAUGACGUUGGUGAUGGCGACCUGCCACUCGCUGUGGCCGUUCUCAUCGUCGGCGUCCUCGCCAUUGCCAUGGGUCUCCUCGGAUACAAAGUCCUCCAUAUCUACGACCGAUACUCCUGGAUCGUUAUGUUGAUCUGCUUCAUCAUCGUGGCCGGAUUUGGCGCCAAGAAUUAUGUGAACGUGCCAAUGGGCUCUGGCUCACUUGAGGCCUCGAAUGUCUUAUCUUUCAGCACCGCCAUCAUCGGCUUCGAAAUCGCUUGGCUGCCUGUUGCGGCAGAUUAUGGCGUCUACAUGCGUGAGACGACGAAGGAUCGCAAAUCGUUCUGGUGGGCAUAUGGUGGUUUCCUGACGAGCCAGCUGUUUAUCGAACUUCUCGGCGCCGCUGUGGGCACUCUCAGCCUCAGUACAAACACCUACUUCACUGACGCCUACGACGCACGCGGAAUCGGAGGCCUCAUUGGCGCAUCUUUCGGCGUGUAUGGCAAAGGCGCUCGAGGAUUUGGCAAACUCAUUGAAGUCCUUCUCGGUCUGUCUUGCGUGGCGGUUAUCACUACCAACAUCUACUCUCUCGGUCUGAGCGUCCAAAUGGUCUCGCAGAAACUCCUGGUCGUUCCUCGCCUGGUCUGGUCGCUCAUCGGGUCCGUCAUCUUCUUGGCCGCAGCAAUGGCUGGUCGCGACCACCUCGAAGUAGCCAUGGAGAACUUCUUGCUGAUCUGCGCCUACUGGAUCGUGCCAUUCUCGACGAUCGUCCUCGUAGAGCAUUUCAUUUGGAGACGCGGAUACAAAUAUGAUCUUACUGCUUGGAACAACCGCACCAAGUUGCCGUACGGGGUCGCCGCUUCAGUUGCUUGGGUCGUGGGUACAGUUCUGUCCCUGCUCACGAUGAGUCAGGCGUGGUGGGUCGGCCCGAUUGCUGGCGGCAUUGGAAGUAGUCCUUACGGCACGGAUAUCAGCUGGAUCUUGGGCUUUGCUGCCACGGCUGUAGUGUAUGUUCCUUUGAGAAUGUGGGAGCAGAAGCAGUGGCAUCUCUUUUAGGGUAC